AUGCUCGUCGCGUCCGUCUGCCGUCGUACUCCUCCCCUCGCACGCGUUCUCUGCCAGCGACAACAGUUAAACUCGAUACUCUCUUCGGCGACGACAACAACGAGGGCAAGCUUCACAACUGGGGCACCUAAAUGGCGCAGCUCUAUCGUGUUGUUGGUUGAGAAGAGGUGGUUGAGCACGACAGCGGUGCGUAGGCGGUUGGAACGGGAGGAGGACAAGCAGAAACAGUCCACAGGGACACCGGCAAAUUCAUCGACACCAACAGAACCAGAACCAGAAACGUCCAAACCCUCGAUCCGGGAAAAUAUCUACACAAUACCCAACAUCCUCACAGUCUCGCGGAUAAUCUCGUGUCCAAUCUUAGGAUGGUCAAUUCUAGAAGGAAACUACCAAGUUGCAACUGGCUUGCUCGUCUAUGCCGGCUUGACUGACCUUGUAGACGGAUUCCUCGCAAGGAAAUACAACAUGAGCUCUGUACUCGGAACAGUCCUCGACCCAGCUGCGGACAAGAUGCUCAUGACGACUUUAGUGGUGACGCUCACCAUGCAAGAUAUGCUUCCUCUACCACUAGCUGUAAUCAUUCUUGGCCGCGACGUGAUACUGAGCUUGUGGGCAUUCUGGAUACGGUACCAGACGCUUCCAUAUCCCAAAACUUGGUCAAGAUACUGGGACUUUGGACUACCCUCUGCAGAGGUGAAACCAACCACGGUUAGCAAGGUUAAUACUGCCCUCCAACUGCUGCUUAUGGGGACAACCACCAUCAGUCCCCUACUGCCAUUCAGCAUUGGAUUGGGAUUGCAGGGACUUCAAUGGACCGUUGCCACCACCACCAUCUGGAGCGGUAGCCAAUACUUACUCGGUAGCGGAGGCUUCAAAGUCGUCGCCAAACGGUAG